AUGGGUGGCGCAUCUCGGGAAGGCGGCAAGGCUAAGCCUCUGAAGGCACCUAAGAAAGAUAAGAAGGAGAUGGACGAGGACGAGAUAGCGUUCAAGGCCAAGCAGGCUGCUGAUGCGAAAGCCAAAAAGGAAUUGGCCGAUAAGGCCAAGGGCAAAGGUCCAUUGAACACAGGUGGACAGGGUAUUAAGAAGAGCGGCAAGAAAUGA